UUAUCUUAUUUCUUAUGCUCUGUUUCUGUUCCUUUCUCUUUUCCGUGUUCCACUCGAAAACAAAACAAACACCAUACUCAGUCGCCAUUAUUGAUUAUUAUUAUUUAUUAUUAAUCAUAAUAGUUUUCUUCUGCAUCUCGCUUCCUUCCUUUUAAUCCCAAUCAAAUUCCUCAAUAAUCCAUCUCUUCCUCUUUGAUCGCACUUCCAAUUUCACCAUGGCCAAAAGUUCCUUCAAGCUCGAACAUCCAUUAGAAAGAAGGCAGGCCGAAGCUGGCCGCAUUAGAGAGAAGUAUCCUGACAGAAUUCCAGUGAUUGUGGAGAAAGCCGAAAGAAGUGACAUUCCUGACAUUGAUAAGAAGAAGUACCUAGUUCCAGCUGAUUUGACUGUUGGUCAGUUUGUUUAUGUUGUUCGUAAAAGGAUUAAGCUCAGUGCAGAGAAGGCUAUAUUUGUUUUCAUCAAUAAUACUCUACCCCCAACUGCUGCCUUGAUGUCUGCUAUUUAUGAGGAAAACAAGGAUGAUGAUGGCUUUCUUUACAUGACUUACAGUGGAGAGAACACCUUUGGAUCUCACUAGGCCAAUUUAUUUUAACCUCUGUAAAUAUCUGCAAGAUGUAAAUUCUCUGCCUGUCUAUGGUUUAAUGCCCUUUUCCUCUAUAAUCCUGCACUUUGGUUAUUUAAACUAUCUAUAAUGUCUGAACUUCAAUGGAUGAAGUUAGAUUUAUGAUCUUACAGUUUGUUCUCA